AUGAAUGUAGUCGUAGUAUUACUAAUUGUCUGCGGCUACUUUGGGUCUUUUUGUGCCAAAAACCUUGGACAAGGCUCCAAAGUACAGCCUGCAGUUCAAUCCAAUUUUGAGGCCAAAGAUGCCGUUCUUGAUAUUUCAAAGAUAGAUGAUGAAAAAAUCGAUACUAUCAUCCAAAAACCUUAUAAAUUGAUAAAGAGUACACACUUUGCCAAAAAUGGCUAUAGAAUAUCCUCCGUGGUGGAGGGAAAAUUAUCUGUAUGGAAACGUGAACAGUUCGACUGCGACUACAUUAUUGUAAUUAGACGUAAAAAGGGGAAAAAGGGUUCUAGAAGCACUAACUCUAGGCUGAUUGCUGUUUAUCUAAAAGACGAUGAAGGGAAAAAGAUUGAAUUGCAUUUUGAAAAACCAGGAUCUGUGUGGAAAUCUGUAGAUAAGGAAGAUUUUUAUGAUAAAUUCCACAGAAUGGUAACCUUAAGUUCAACUUUGACUUCUGUUGUCUUGAGCCUAACUGGGUACAAUAGCCGAUAUCUUUUCUACUCUACGAAUUCACCUGACUUCCCUUUUGCUGUCUACGCACCAAAUGUAGGCUAUCGCAUUACAAAGGUGAUAUAUCACACCGCUUUAGGACAUAGGGAUAAUGACUUUCAUUAUGUGUGGAAGAAAGGUACAGGUGAAAGGUGUGUAUACGCUUCAUUUUAUCCUAGGGAAAAUCAUAAGGUAGGAUAUCUCCUCAUAGAAACUGAGGAUGGUAGUAUAAAAGAAAAGUUUUAUAUCAAGGGAAGAUCUUGGGGUUGGAAUAGUACAAACAAGGAAACGUAUAUUGAGAAGCUAAAAGAGGCUGGGUUUGACUCCUCAACAUUUGAUAAUAGGAUUGUGCUCAAUGUUAAUGAACCAACUGAAACCCACUAUUAUAAACAUCCAUAUAUGGGUAAUGAUUCGGAUAUGACUUUAUAUACCGUUCUUCCUGGGCUACGUUUGACCAAGAUAGUAGAUGAUGAUAAACAGGUAAUUUGGGCUUCAGAAAAAGGAAGCUACUGUGUAUUCAUCAGUAUCUUUACAUCCAAGGGAUCGCCCCGUUCAUUUUACAUGUUGGUUACUGAUGAGGAACAUAACCGUGAUUCUUUAUACUAUGCAAAGAAAGAAGAUGGUGUUUGGAUUAGAAUUGAUAGGUAUGCCUAUUAUUCUAUGUUUUAUCAUCCAGAGCCAUCGGUAUAUACGCACAGAAACAAGAACCUUAUUGAUGAUAAAGGUAAUCGCAAAGUUGUAAUGAGUAGUUUUAGGAACAAGGAUGGUCUAAAGAUUGCAACGUAUGCCUCUAGAGUAGAGAAUGCUAAAGCGGACGUCAUUCUCAUUCACGGUGUUCGUUCGUAUUUUGCAUCUGAAUUUGGUUCAAUUGCUAUAGAUUGGAAUUAUAAAAAUUUGGAUUUUCCGCUAUUUCCGGAUGUCCACAAAUUUACAAAGGAACAUUUUUUGUUUGAUCAUGAUAUGAGCCAUGGUUUAAAUUAUGCAGAGACCUACAGGGAUGUAUUUGACUACAAGCCAUAUGAAGGCCAGGAUGCCUUUGAGAUGAUGCCUAGGUGUGAAUAUAUCGGUAGUGGAAUAAAAUUUUUAAAUGACAUUGGGUAUAAUGUAUAUGGCUAUGAUCUUCAAUCGCAUGGCUUCUCUGAAGGAUUCAAACCAUAUCGCAGAUGUCAUGUGAAAGCGUAUGAUGAUUAUCAUUUUGAUGCUAUACAGUUUGUCAGUAUAGUGAAGAGAGGUAAAUUUGAUGACACAAGUGAAAAGUGGGAUGAAGAACUAUUAUACACGGACUUUCCUAACAGGCGAAAGGUAUUCUUUUGGGGAAACUCCAUGGGUGGUAAUAUUACCAUGAGGGCCGUCCAGGAAUUCUACAAGCGUGCAAAGAAUCAAAAUGAUAAACUUGUAGACGGUGUUAUCGGUACAUCUCCCAUGUUGAAUAUCGAUACAAAUCUAGACACGUGGUAUAAGCAAUGGGGAAUGCAUAUCAUCAGAUUCCAGACAUGGUGCCAUCCUGAUCGUAUAGAUUAUUAUCAACCCUUUAUCGAUUAUGCAGAGUCUUUCGACCUAUUUUUCAGGUUCAGGGACCCUCUGUUUUUCUUCAAGAAGACCACAUUCAGAUCAUUGUACGCUCUCUUUGAGGGGUCCUGGGAUGUAAACAAGGAAGAAAAUCUGAAAUACUAUCCAAAGGACCUCCCAACUCUAUUUAUCAACUCUAAAAAGGACGUGAUCUGCUCCAUAGUUGGUCCGUACAACAUGAUGGAGAGAUAUCUGACCAGGGAGACUACAAAACUAGUGGCGCUCGAGGGAGCUACGCACUACCUCGCGGUCGCUCAGGCGUUCGUAAACUCAGCGCCACACUUUGCUUCUUGGCUUACUGAAAACACCAGUGUAAGAGACGAGUUGUAA